ACACGCUGAAUGUAAAAUGGAUAAUACAGAUCUUGCUAUCCAGGUAAGGCAUGAAAGUCUGGCUAAAACAGUUCUGUGCACAGUGAUGUUUCAGGAGUGGUUUGCAUAUGCAUGGAGGUAGCUGUUUGCUCCUUACAGUCUUGAGGAAUUAGAUCAGUCCAGAAUUAAAAUGGCUUCCUCCUUGGAUGGAUCCCUGGGAAUACAUUUUGGUCUUCUGUGUGUAACAUUUUGUAGAAUUUGCAAAAGGUUUUCUACUACCUUAAUGUAAAGAUUAAAAUAAUUUGCUUUCUGAAGAGUAGAUAAGACAUUAAUCUAAUCUAUGACGAUAGUUCUACAUCAAAAGCUAUUGGCUAGCAGCCCUUAUUAAAAAGAUUAAUCACUACAAUGCUCCUUUAUUUGCUGGGUUUCUGAAAAGAGAGCUAACUGAAAUCCUGUGAUGGCUGAGAUUGGGUUGAGCAGCAUGCUGAUUCUGAGAUAUAUUUCCACAUAUGAAAGGAAAUUUCCCUGCUCUUUCUGUGUCAGAAACAUUGACUUAUUACAUCUUUAUUAGUAGGCAUACAAAUACAUGAUAGAUUAGAAGAUAUAACUGAGCCAUUGUUGGCUCAUAUCUCCAGGCUAAUUCUUUUCCUAUCUGCUAAUUGGUACAAAUAAGUGAUGCAUUUUUCUUUUUUUCUAUUUUAUUUUAUUUUAUUAUAUUUAUUUUUUAUUUUAAUGGAGACAGGUGUAUGAGACUUUAGCUUUAUUUGGAGGGGUACAAAUCAGAAUGAAGAAAAAAGCUAGUCACAUAGUGCUCAGUAUUAUUGUUGCAGCUUCUAAUCCUUUUCAUUCUUCCUUCUUUCCGUCAGUCUAGAUCUUGGUAAAGCUCAAUUUGCUUUCCAGUGUACAGUUCAUACUUCAUCCGAAAAAGGAACGCAUGAGUGCAGAUUACAACCCCUAGCAUGACAUUUCUUGCUUCCACUUAGUCUUUUAACAAUUCACCUUUUUCUUUUGUUAGGAAGGCAGAAAUGCACAUGUUACCUAUCACAAGGAUGUAAGCACUGUGCAUGUUCUACAGGCCCUGCAUAUGGAUGCUUUUGGGUGCUCAAGAAACCAGUCCCUUCCAGUGCUGAGUUAGGAGAGCUUUGAUAUGAGUAGACUUGGUUGGACUGAAUUUAUUUCAGAGGUCAUAUGGGAAGUUCUGGAUCAGGAAGUUUUCCUGUACAGCAGUUGCCCGAUAGUCUUGGAGCCAGGCAUGUAAAACGCUCUGAAGAUCCACCACAGUGUUCCUCUAAGUCUUUCAGCAAUACCUCUCUUUUUCUCUGCUGGACAAUUACUAGUCUUAGGAUCAUAACUUCGUUAUUGACUUCUGUUCAAAACAGCUUAUUCAUUCACUUCCUUAGAUUCGUAGAAAGAUUACAGGAACUUGGUGAGGUUUGCCCUCCAGGUUUUGCUUAUCAGUCACUUCCAAACCUGCAAGGUGAUGGCUUCUGGAUUUUGGCACGGAAUGACUUGGUCAAAGGCCAGUUUAAAAUUAUGCCUCCGAACAAGCCAGUGGUUGGAGUCAUUGGAAAAGGAGUCGUCCUGCCCUGCCAGUUGGAAGCUAAGACAGUCUCGGAGAGACUUCUUGUUCAGUGGAUAUUCACUGGAAAGUCCCCAAACAUUGGUGUAACUACCUAUGAUGGAAUAAACACACUAAAUCCAGUCAGGGAGGAAAAGACAUACCAGGGCCAGACACAUUUCUUUCAGAGUGAAGUUAAUAGGGGAAACUUAUCCCUUCACCUGAAAAAUGUCAUGCUCUCCGAUAAAGGGAAAUACAUCUGCUUUGUCUCUUUGGAGAACUGGUAUGAUGAAGUGGUGGUGGACCUGGAUGUGGCAGCUCAAGGUGAUGAGUCUGAAGUUUUUCUGGAUGGCCACGUGGGUCAGGGCAUUGGCCUCACCUGCAAGUCGCAGGGAUGGUUUCCACAGCCUGAGGUAAUCUGGCUGGACAGCAAAGGACAGACACGGAAGGAGAAGGUGGUCACACAAAGCCUGCAGACUUCUUCGGGCCUUUUUGAUGUUGUCAGUUCCAUGACCCUAGAACCUGGAUCUGACAUGGAAGUCUCCUGCAGGAUUGCCAGCGAUCUCCUCCACACAGCAUGUGAAUCCCGAGUCCUGAUUUCAGAUGCCUUCUUUCCAUCCACUUCACCUUGGAUGACUGCCUUCCUUGCAAUUACGUUUUGCGCUGUGGCUGUUAUCGCUGCUAUAGGCUAUAAACUGAAGAUUAAUAGUACAAGAAAACAAAAAGAAGAAACAACGAGGGACGAUCUGAUAAAAAAGAAAGAGGAUUUGGAGAAGGAUUUAGAUGCACAUGAGAUGGUGCGCAUUGCAGGAUACUCUUAUAUGAAACAUAUACUUGGUAGAAUAGAACCUGAGUUGGAUUUCUGGAAAGCUUGGGAUAGGGCAGUCCCCAUUACUGUGAAUCCUGAAUGCCAGCUCCUCGAGCUCCAAGUGCCAGGGGCUCCAGAUUUUGAGGACAACGCAUGUGAACCUGCCAGCCUGAGCAGCCCCUCCACAGUCCCUGUCCUGGUGGCAAAGGCAGGGUUUGCAGCUGGAAAACACUACUGGGAAGUGGACGUGGACCAGCAGCAGGACUGGGUGCUGGGGGACAUAAGACAGAAAGGGAAACAAGAGGAGCAAGGAACACUUGCUCGUGAGGACUACUGGGCGCUGCACAGAUCCAGGGGAGUGAUUAUCGCUAUCCAGGGAAAAAGAACGCUUGAAAAGAAGGAAAUGAAUGAGACAGUGAUUGGUGUGCUUCUGGACUUGGACGAAUCACAGAUCUUCUAUUUUGGUACAGCACGGAGGAGCAACAUGGUGAGAAUACCUGUAAACCUUGGAAAAGAUUCUGCAGAAGUGUUCUACCCUUUUCUAUCAAAAGGGGAAGGGAGAUUCAAGCCUGUUUGCCAUCAAAAUAUUCCUGUUCCAUUAAAGAUUCCGUAAAAAGCACAGAGAUUUCUCUAGGGAAAGAUAGUUCAGUCAAAGGUUGGAGGGAAAAAUUAUGAACAAGCAUCAGCACAAUGUAAAACUAAAUGCAGAAGAAAGAUGUAGAUGACAAAGGCACAAAAUUCUAGAGAGAAAAAAAGAACCAGCAAGUGUAAAUAAGAUUGGAAACAGAUUCAGAAAAGCCUGGUUAACUGACUGAGUUCUUGUUACAGAAGAAAGUCUCAAGUUGCACCAUUGCUUAUUUUAGUGCCAUAACUGCUAGCUGAAGGCACCUCAAACAACCUAUAGCUCUUGUCAAAUUGUCUUUCCUAUUUGCGUUUAAGUUUGAUGGAAGCCACCCAAUUAGGGAAGCCCAAUUCCACUAGAUGUGUAUCAAAAAAGAAAUAAUUUUUU